AACCUGCAAAAGCGAGCAGGGGCCACCGAGGAUGCAACGCCAUUGGGGCCCCACAGCCGGCUCCGGGCUGCAUUAUUGAUGGAGGGCCGGGCGCAGCGCUAGCUGAGCCAGCUCCCGGCGCGGUGAGAACAUCUCGGGGGAGGAGGGCAAGAAGCCGGGCCCCUCCCACUCCGCCUCGUCUCGCGUGUCCUGUCCCCGGGACUGGCAGCAGGCGCUGGGCCACUGGCGAGUGUGCGCCAGGAUUCCAAACACCGACGGUGAACCUCUCCCGGGAGCAGCCUCGACAAGAAUCGCUGCUGACCCGCCUGUGCCAUGCUGACUCUCCCUGGUCUUUGGGGGCCUCUGGGGCUCCGGGGUCCCCAGGAGCCGCGGCAACCCCGGCUGCCCUUUCUCCUGUGUCUCCUUCUUGCAGCGCGCCCGAGCUCAGCAGACCCGGAACCUGCAGAUGCAAAUUUUACCAGUCUACCUGUGCGAGAAAAAAUGAUGGCUAAGUACUCUAAUCUUUCCUUGGAAAUUCAUAACAUAUCAUUGACAGAACAUCCCAGUAUGCCAGUGGAAAAAAAUAUCACUUUAGAAAGGUCUUGUAAUGUAGAACUCACAUGCCAGUUCACAACAUCUGGAGAUGUGAAUUCCAUAAAUGUGACUUGGAGAAAAGAUAAUGAACCACUGGUGGAUCGUUAUCUCAUCAAUACAACAGGAAACAUCUUGUCUACCCAGUACGCGUUCACCAUUGUUAACAGCAAACAACUGGGAACAUAUUCUUGUUUCUUUGAAGAUGAAAAGAUGCAGAGGGGAACAUUUAAUAUUAAAGUCCCUGAACUUCAUAGAAAAAACAAGCCGUUGAUUACUUAUGUGGGGGAUUCUGCCGUCUUGACGUGUAAAUGUGAAGGUUGCUUUCCUUUAAACUGGAGUUGGCACAGUAGUAAUGGAAGUAUUCAGGUUCCUGUUGAUGUUCAAAUGAAUGAUAAGUAUGUGAUCAAUGGAACAUAUGCUAAUGAAACAAGACUCAAGAUAAUGCAUCUUUCAGAGGAAGAUGGGGGAUCCUACUGGUGCCAGGCACUGUUCCAAUUAGGCGAGAGUGAAGAACACAUUGAACUUGUCGUGCUGAGCUUUUGGGUGCCUCUCAAGCCAUUCCUUGCAAUAGUUGCCGAGGUUGUUCUUUUAGUGGCCAUUAUUCUGCUUUGUGAACUGUACACACAGAAGAAAAAGAAGCGACCAGAGAGGGGGAGAGAAUUCGAACAAAUUGAACAGUUGAAGCUGUGGGUCAAUGAAUGGGACACAUCAUGCCAAGAAUCAUGAGAAGAUGUUCAGUGUGUUUGUGUUUUACCUUGUAGCCUGUUUAAAGUAUCUGAGUUUUGAUUUAUAAAAGGAUGAAAAGUGUAUGCAACACAUACAACAGAUCAUAAGUUAAAUAUGGCAUCUUUCAACUGAAGGUCGAUUUCCAUUCUAUAACUGUUUCACAUUAGAGCAAAGUCAAAUAAUCCUACAAACUGUUAUCUAGCAUAAUUAAUUUCAUCAUAGUCAUUAAGAGACACACAAAACAGACACCAGCAAAAUCAGCUCAUUGUUCCUAGAACAAAUGUCACUCUAGGCCUAUUUGUAACCAAAGAAUUAAAGAGAAAUCUUUUGCCAUUUGUCUUAAUUUUGUUUUUCAAUCAUGCCUACUAUUUAUAGAUGUAUUUGUAACAGGUUCUUAUGUAUAGCUUAUUUGGUAAUAUUGAAAAAAAUGUGGCUUCCCUAUGGAAUGAAUACUUUCUGCUGUUGCUUAAGAUAGCUCGGCUUCAGUCUCUCCAGGAAAGAUCUUUUUCUCCAUAAACAUUGACCAUGUCAAGAAAGGAAAAUCCACACACUUGCCCAAAGCUCUGUCACUGCAAAAGUAAAGCAUCAAUCUUUAUUCACUUGUCUUCACUGCUUUCCCACACCAAGCUAAACUGAUUCUUAGUUUUCAAGUGGAGAUUUUAUUUUUUUAAAGCCGUAUGGUUUGGACUUCUUAACAUACACGUGGUAUUAAGAUUUUAGGGCAUAUAGGUGCCAUGUUGUUGUAAUGCUUAUAGUGCUAUAUUGAUGAUUUGUGGUUCGUUGUUUUUUCAUAUCUUUGAUUUGAUAUUUGGUUUCCUGGUAUGCAAAGUUGUUUAAAUGACUAAAAACAGAUUGUUGGUGCUUUGCAAUAAUAAUUCCUUUGAAAUCCAGAAAUGCUAAAGUUUGUCAUUUAUGUUGCUCUGAAUGUCUUAGACUUUCAUUAAAAAAUAGUAUACUUGAUAUCUGUUGCAUACAUCACUGAAAUAUUUAAUCAACUUUUCACGACCAAAUCAAAUUAAAUCUUAAUAUAUAUGAACUCUGAAUGUAAUGUUAAAAACCGCUCUUCAGGAUCCUGGGUUAGGCUGGAGAUCACAAUAUGACAUUUGCUGGGUGUCCUUGGUUCUGGC